UUCGACCUGGGAGACAUGAACUUGCAGACAGUCUCUGCGUUUUGUGAGCAAUCACUUCCGGGAGUUGGAGAGCGGCUGUGGAAAUGAUUAGAAGUCAUGUUUCCAUUGAAGGAGAAGGACAGGAGAGUUGUCCAGAUGUUGCUCAGUGCAGGAUGCUGUCCUCGAUGUAUACUAAGAUUCUGUUCUGUUGGGAUUCAGCCUACGUACAGGCUUUCAUGCAAGGAAUUGUUCACGGAGCUCCACAAGUUCUUGAACGAUGAAGAAGAUAAAUCUAAGGUAGUGGAAUAUGAUCAACCACCUUGUAAGAAGAUCCGAUUGUUGGAUUCUGAAAAGAAUGAUUCUGAUUCAGAGCAAAAUGGAGCAGUCAAAUUGCUGUCCAGUGGAAAUGUCCUUCCUGAUGAUGAGGUUAAAACCUGCACCGUGUGUCUGGGCAUUCUACAAGACCUAUGUGAAACAGAUUUUGUCAAAAAGGUGUGUGCUGAAGUGGACUCUGCUGGUUAUCAUUUUAACAGUCUCGUAUUUUCAGUUUCACUGCCUCCCCAGCUUUUAGUCAGAGAGCAUGCCACGUGGUUGCUGGUAAAACAGGAACUAGGACAACAAGGGAACAUUUUAAAAAAGGAUGAUAUUUUACAACUUAAAGAAGUCUACAAGUGGAUAACUCAUCCUCUGCUUUCUGAGGAACUGGGGGUGCCUGUGGAUGGGAAGAGCGUAUUUGAACUAAGUGUGGUUUUCGCACACCCUGAAACAGACGGGGAUUGCCACUUUUUGGCCACUGCAUGUCGAGAGUGCUUUAGACCAACAAAAAGCAAGCAGUCCAUAUUCACUAGAAUGGCAGUGGUGAAAGCUUUGGAGAAGAUAAAAGAUGGUGACUUCCUUCAACAGUUUCCUCAUCAGCUUGAACGACCUAAAAGCUCCUGUGUUAUUCAGGAAAUUCAGUGCACUCACGAUUCAAUCUAUGUGGCAGGCAGAUAUAACAAGUUCUCCAGGAAUCUACCACAGACUCCUUGGGUAAUAGACGGAGAAAGAAAAAUGGAGUCUUCAGUGGAAGAACUUAUAGGAGAGCCGCUGAAAAAAACGUUUAAAGUAGAUAGUUUAAACUUUUCCUCUUCAGGAAGAGAAGAUGUUGAUGUCAGAGCCUUGGGAAAUGGCAGGCCAUUUGCGAUUGAACUGCUUAACCCACGUAGAGCAACUUUUCUUCAGAAUGAACUUAAAGAACUUCAACAGAAAAUUAAUAGCUCUACUGACAAAAUCCAAGUUCGAGAUUUACAGAUAGUGACCAGGGAGGCAAUAGGACAUAUGAAAGAAGGUGAAGAAGAGAAGACAAAGUCAUAUAGUGCCCUAAUAUGGACAGAGAAAGCUAUAGUAAAGAAUGAUAUAGAUUUUCUGCAGGAUUUACAGGAUCUAAAGCUUGACCAGAAAACUCCAUUACGAGUUCUUCACCGAAGGCCUCUAGCUGUAAGAACACGUGUAAUACACAAUAUGAGAGUGGAGUAUAUAGAUCUACAUCAUUUUCGUCUUUAUUUAAAGACACAGGCUGGGACCUAUGUUAAAGAGUUUGUACAUGGAGAUUUUGGACGUACCCAGCCAAACCUUGGCACCCUACUGAAUAUGACAACAGAUAUUCUUGAACUAGACGUAGAGUCUGUAGAUGUUGACUGGCCGCCAAAAUUGGAUGAGUGAAGUGCUGGAGUUUGAGCAAUUGCUGGCUGAGUUCAGUACUAACUACCAUCAAAAAGAUUAUUAGAUACUUCAUGGGAACUGAUGUAAACAAAAACAGUGACAAUGAUUUUUUUAAGUUUAAUUUUGCAUUCAUUUUCUAAGGGCUCAGUUUCAAUGUAAACCUUGUAAAUAGCUUAUAAACAACAUAAAAAAUAAAUGUCUGACCUUAAA